AUAUAGUGAAUACAGGGUCCUGGGUGACCGGAUAUAGUGAAUGCGGGGUCCGGGGAGAGUGGAUAUAGUGAAUGCAGGGUCUGGGGAGACCAGAUAUAGUGAAUGCAGGGUCCGGGGAGAGCAGAUAUAGUGAAUGCAGGGUCUGGGGAGAGCAGAUAUAGUGAAUGCGGGGUCCGGGGAGACCGGAUAUAGUGAAUGCGGGGUCCGGGGAGAGCGGAUAUAGUGAAUGCAGGGUCCUGGGGAGAGCGGAUAUAGUGAAUGCGGGGUCCGGGGAGAGCGGAUAUAGUGAAUGCGGGGUCCGGGGAGAG